AUGCCAAAAAAGAAAAAAGAGAAUUCGUGUGGUUAAUUGGUUAGGGGUAUAUUUACUUAAUUGGUUGACUUUCGUUGGACAGUGACAAUUUUUGUAACAAAAUUUCGAAAAUUAGUAGGCUUAAAAUUUGUUUACAGGAGCACAUACGUGAACGCCGGUUUCCUAUAUUGUGAAGACUCGAGCGACAAAGCGCAUGCCACUUUCUCGCUUUCAUGGAACCAGGCCAUGCAUGUGUUUGUUUUCUUCAUCCCACAGCUCGAUAAUCACGAAAUAAAACCCGGCAAGAAUCUGAAAGUAAACAUUAGCGUUCCUAAUCUACGACUUUUCGUGGGGAACAUACCAAAGUCAAAAGGCAAAGAGGAGAUCUUGGAGGAAUUUGGUAAAUUAACAGCAUCAUCAUCAUCACCAUCACCAUCACCAUCACCAUCAUCAUCACCAUCAUCAUCAUUAUCAUCAUCACCAUCACCACUACCACCAUUAUUUCGUCAUUAUAGGGUCAGUAUCAUGUUACUAUCAGUACCAGACCAUGACUACUACCACUACGAUCAACGCCAUUCGUUAUUUGCUAUCAAACACACACAUGUACAAUAUUACUCAGUUUUACUUUUGCGCGCGUAAACACAUACAUAUACAUAGUCAGUCUUGAUCUUUGCGUUUGAACUUUGAUCUUCUUGGUGAUUUGAAUGUAUAGUUUGGUUUAUUUUUUUUUUUUCAUUAUAUUUUUUUUGCUGUUUCUUUUUGUUAUAUUUUUUCUUUCUUUAUUUGUUAUUGACAGUACAAGAAAAAGAAAGACAAAGUAGUUAGAAGAGAAAAUGUGGAAGCAAUUUAG